AGCUUAGAAGUAUUCCCAGAGCAAAGUUUUGCACAGUAUGACUUCCUAUAGACGCAUGGUCUGUGACGAUCUAUUCAAAUUCAAUAAUAUAAAUUUAGAUCCUUUGACCGAAACUUUCAAUAUCGGUUUUUACUUACAAUAUUUAGUCGCUUGGCCAAACUUAUCUGUAGUAGCCGAGGCACCCGAUGGAAAACUUAUGGGCUAUGUAAUCGGAAAAGUGGAGGGCACUUCAACUGAUUUUCAUGGCCAUGUUACUGCUUUAGCUGUUGCUCCAGAAUAUAGAAGACUUGGACUAGGAGAAAGUUUAAUGCAUAUCCUUGAAGAUUCCUCUGAGAGAGUGGAUGCUUACUUUGUCGAUCUUUUUGUUCGGGUAUCCAAUGUAGUCGCCAUCAACAUGUACAAGAAACUUUGCUAUGUAGUUUAUCAGCGUGUUUUAGACUAUUAUUCUGGAAUUUCGCCUGAAGAUGCUUUCGAUAUGAGGAAGGCUUUGCCUCGAGAUAAGGAAAAAAAGUCUGAAAUUCCCAGAGGAAGAGAUGUUUACCCCUAUGAACUACAGCACUUUUAAUUUAGUAAUUUACAAUAGUUACAAGAGGAUUCCCAUGUAUCGAACGGUAU